AUGUCUAGGGUCCCUCGGAUAAAAUUAGGAAAUAAUUUAAAACGAAACGAGCCUCUAUAUUUCACAUAUAAUAUAAUGGUGCAGAUAUCUUAUCCUUCUCCAAGGGUUUCACAGCUCGAUGCCCAUAUAUUGGAUGCCGAGCUAAUAUCUCUUUUGAAGGAACAGCUCGUUAACAUUUUUCAAUUGCACACGAAUAGUUGGUGGACCUAUAAUCACCAUCCAGAAUUAUGGACCUUACUAUUGAACUUGCUUGUAUUUAAGCUAACAGUAUUGAGAAGUGGCUCCUCAUAUGGACUUCUGCUACAAAAUUUGAAAUUAACGGAUUCCAAGAGCAGAGUCAUUAUAGGUUAUUUUAAGAGAUACGCAUUACUAACUAUUAUUGUUGGAGAUUACCUCUACAAGAGGUUCUCUUCGUAUUUGUACUCCAUAAAUGAAUCUGAUAAUCAACAGCCAAAGAAUGGGGGGUUAUUCUCAAGGCUAUGGUCAAUUAUUGAGAAGAAUAGGACUAAAAUAUUAACAAAGCUAAACGAUGUAUUCAAGAUUUUAAAUUUAGCUAAUUUCACUUUUUUUUUGGUGAAUGGUCAAUACCCUUCAUUAGUGCAUAGACUUUUGGGGAUUUCUUUGACACCAAUUAUUUCUGACCUAUUGAAGUUCAACGGAAGUAAUGUUAAUUUUGAAUUUCAAAACAGACAACUUGUCUGGAAUGUAAUGACUGAAUUUUUGGUUUUUACUUUACCAUUGUUGCAACUAAAUAAGAUCAAGAGAGUAGCAAACAAGGUUUUAUCAGGGACGAAGAGAACUAAUGAUGAAAAUAGCAAUGAAAAGACGGUCACACCUUUUUCAAAUUUACCAUUAUCACAAUGUGCGAUAUGUCAUUAUAAUAAUGAUCUUACUAUUAACUCUUCUUCUGGCAAGACACCUUACUCAUCAUUUACGGUCACUAACCCUUACAUUACUAAUUGCGAUCAUAUUUAUUGCUAUGUCUGUAUAGCUUCUAAAUUUAAUGCGAUAGAAGUGGAUUCUGAUGAUGGUGAGUGUCCUCGGUGUCGAACUAAAUUACAUUGGUUCAAAGAAUAUGGUGAUGACGAUGCUGAAAUUGACGCUGUUGUCAUUGAAUGUGAAGGAAUGGAGAAUAAUAGUGAUCUAAAUGAAACUGAAAAUGAAGAUGAACAUGAGAUUAAUGAUGCUUCAGUCGAUGAUGAUGCAAUACCAUCUGGGCAGCAAAGCUCGUCUGAUAGCGACUACAGUGAGGAAGAAGAAUACGAGGCAGAUGAUCUAAUUUUAUGA